AUGCAAGCUCUUGGUCUUUUUUCUCGUCGUGCUAUUCUUGGUCGCUCCAACAAGAGUACUGUGGUUUUGGAGAAGAUUGCGAAGGAAAACUCCCUAAACAGAACUGGUUCUGUCAACUUUAACAAGUAUGGAAAGCAAGACAAUAUUGGUUUCUCGUCUUGUAGCGAGAAAUUCGUGGACAACUUUCUGCUUUACGUCUACGUUCCCGAUUAUUUCGUGACUUCGAAGAAGACCUAUACAGAAGUUGGUCCAGUUAACAAACAUAUUCGAGAUAUGCUCGACCGCUAUGGCUUGCAAAAAUGUAAAGUCAAAGCUAUCGCCUUGUCAUUCCUUAAGGAAGACUUAAAACCAGAAGAUUUGGAUAAAGUCUACGGUCGUCUUAAAUCCAGAGAAACUGACGAAACUGUCUAUUACGCACAAGAGUUUAAAAUUGCGUGUGCGGACAAGAAAUACUGUAAAGUUCUCGAAUUCCUAAGAACCGACGAGUACAGGAUAAGAAAUAUAUUCCUAAAAGAUAUUGACGUCACAAUGGAUUACUCUGGUAGUUUAGACAAGGACGAAGUAACCGAGUACUUGACAACGAAGAAAGGUUUUCGCAUCCAAGGUAGUGUAAAAGAUGCAGACAGAACAAUACUGGAUUAUUAUCCGACCAGGUUAGAAAUAACUGCCUCACAUACAUGGAAACUGUGGAUGGUCUGACAAAUAUCCAAAAUUCACGCGCGUUAAAAACUAGAAUUAAAGAAAACAGACAUGCAAUCGACACAAUGGAUGCAAAUUCCCAACUGGCUCAACACCAUUUACUCACAUAACAUUGCAAGCAUAACAUUGACCUAGAAACAGUUCAAAUUGUUGAUCGAUGCGAACAAUGGUCCCAAUGGCUUUUUCUCGAGGCAUGGCAUUUGGAACAUGAACCAACAUCACUAUUGAUGUAUAUGUAUAUAUUGUGUUAAUGUUGGACAAAGCGGGACAUCAGGAGCGAUGGGGGAUAGCUAAAAAGAGCGGGAAUAGACGGAGAAAGAAGAAAACAUUACAUUGUAUACUAUGGGUUGAUAUUAUUAAAAGAAACGAACAAACCAGUUUAUAUUUGGCGACUAGGAUUAAAAAAAUCACUUAUCCUGACACUGACUACGUCACAAUCAGAUAUAUACAACUACAAAGCACCAAAAGCUGAAAUACCGACCAAUAUGGCGGCCACGACGAGCACUUCAACAGUAUAUUUCGACCCUGAUCUUCAUCCAAACGACACUUUACGGGCUUUUGACGAAUUUAUCCAGAGCUUCGAGCUCCGAUAUGAUGCACAAUAUCCUGAUCCUCCUAAAAAAUAAUGCAAAUUUCAAUGCUGCUCGUGAUCAUCUCUUGUACGUCCCUCUUCACUUCGGCGUAACUGAUGAGGCUGAUAUUGAUGAAUGCUGGAAAGUUUGGAAAGACUUAUUUCUUACAGCUAUAGAUCAGUUUGUGCCCAAGAAAACAGUUUUGGAUACCAACACGGCUCCUUGGGAUAGACCGGGAAGUAAAGCAUCUGAUCAAUAA